AUGGGAGAGAGUUGUCCUGGUGUGUCAAGCAAAGAUGCUGGGAAGGCAGAAGAGUGCAAGGGGUGCCCCAACGUGGGCUACUGCUCGCAGCCGGUGCAGCAGGAUCCAGACAUUAAGGCCAUCCAAGAGAAUCUCAGCGGAGUAAAGGCCGUCAUUGCCGUUAUGAGCGGUAAGGGGGGAGUUGGAAAAAGCACCGUCACAAGGAACAUAGCAGAGUUGAUGUCCUCCCGAGGCAUUGCAACAUGCAUUUUGGACCUGGACUUGUCUGGGCCAAGCAUCCCAAGGCUCACAGGAACGGACGGGCAGUUGAUGUGCGAGACGAACGGCAGGCUUCAGCCGGUGGAGGUGCAUGGGCUUCUGAAGGCUGUUUCUGCCGGAUAUCUGCAGGACCCGUGUGAAGAGGGCGUCGUGUUCAGCUCCACCCUCAAAACAAGCGCCAUGAAGAAGCUACUAAAAUGGUGUAGCUACGAAGGCACGGACGUGUUGCUCCUGGACACUCCCCCCAACGUGACUGAUGAGCACCUCGGGAUGGUGAACUUCAUAAGGCCAAGAUUCGGGAUUGUUGUUACGACGCCGCAGAAGUUUUCUCUGCAGGACGUGGCCAGGCAGGUUGACUUUUGCAGGAAGGCAAGGAUAGAGGUUCUUGGGAUCAUAGAGAACAUGAAGAGGUUUACCUGCCAAAAGUGCGGCCAUUCGAAAAGCAUAUUCAGAAGUGUCGGAGUUGAGUCAUAUUGUAUGUCCAACGGAAUUGCAUAUCUAGGCUCAAUCGACCUUAAGCAGGACAUAGCCAAGAGGUCUGACUCAGGAGAUACCAUUGAAGAAGAAGUCCUUGGAAAGAUAGUCGAUGCUAUCAUGGUAGUAUGCAGCUCCAAGGCCUAA